AUAAGAGGACGGGUGUCAAUGAGACACCUAGUCAGUCUCGUAAAAGCAUCGGGUUCAAUGAGAAACCAUCAGCCAGGUUCAUAAGAAGAUAUGUGUCAAUGAGACACCAUCAGUCAGUCUCAUAAGAGGACGUGUAUCAAGAAGACACCAACAGCUAAGCUUAUAUUAUCUAUGAACAUUUCGAUUGAUAUGGAAUCAAGUGGAUUUGGAUUUGCUGGUACAUUGAAUGUUACGACCAAGACACCAACUCGGCACAACAUUUACAGUGUAUUCUAGUUGAGUAGCGAACUUCAACACCAACUCGUCACAUCAAUGACACGUGUACAUAAAAUACAAUGACGAAAACAUUAUAAUUAUAACAUUAUGACGAUCGUUUUUAAAGACCACAAAUGGUCACUUUUCAUUCAGUAUUUUCUUACCUUUCCUGAAUGAGUGCAUUAUUUUGAAUCUAAUUAUAAGUGGAUCUCAAAAAUUUGACCGAAACAUUCUCAAUGUCACUAUUGUUUUCUUAAAGCUUUAAUUAACAUAAAACGUUAUCACGUUAAACCCCUCUGGGUCCACGAUGUGUCGUGUUCUGUAAACAUGUGAAAGGACCAUUGGCUACAUCCGUGUUUGUUUUAAAGAUAAUAGUUGCUGCAACAUCUGUUUAAAACAACAUACAUAUAUUAAUCCUCUUCUACUGGUAAGUAUUCAUACCCACACUCGUGCAACAUCUGCCGUCUAUGUUCUAUAACCACCCUGUAUACGUGUAUCACGCGUCUUCGCCUUCCGACUGAGCGUCCGUCCAGGCAGGAAACACCAUCGGAACUGUCUCCAGAUCGGGAAAAACCUGUUUAAAAUUAAUACAUACUGAUCUCUGCUUGAUGUUCAGAAGUUUGUUGUAAAGACUGAUUAUAGGUCAGUGUUGUAUUACGUGGUCAUACGUGUAUACUCUUCAUUAUAAACCAGCGACCCUGAAAAUAAUACAUAUUUACCUGUGAUUCCUUCAGGCUCAACUGUUAUCAAUACAGGUAAAACACAAUAGACUGACUAGCUCAUGUAACAUUGGACGGUGGCCUCAUAUCGCGGAAAUGGCCCGGACAAAUUGAACUUAAUAUGUGUUAAAACAUCCAAUGAUUUGUUCGUCUGUGUAUGUGUUCAAUAGGUUAUUUAAAUGUAUGAACUACCAGAAGGAUUCCUUCGGAUAAAGAUAAGCGGUGCUUCUAUUGUUACACCUACACAUAUGUACACUCGCUCGAAUGUCUAUCUUACGAGAUUGUAUUUAGUCGAUGGUUAAAUGGACAGUUACAGUUUUUUUGUUUGUUUUUUUAAGUGGUGUCUUUAUAUUUCGCAAACAGAAAUAUGAAGGUUAUAAUUACGUGUUCCUGUCAUAGCAACGGCCAUGUUUGAUUUGUGUUUAGAUACCAUGUCGAGACAGGUCCAGUUGCGAUUCUCAAGUAAUAUCGUUCUGACUGAAGUACAGAUUUGGUCUUAACCAUGCCAAAACUUCACUGGUUUCCUUUCUGGAGACAUACGAGAUCAAGCCAAAAUUGGGCCAGUGUUGCAGCCACAAUAUGUGUUGCCGGUUUCCUCGUUUUCUCUUGGAAGAUGAUGUGGGAUCUGCACAUCCGAAGCUUGAAUGAUCUGUUGACGUCAUGUGAUGGAAUACAACAGGAGCCCGGCCGUCUGAUGGCUAGUGUCGAGUUGUCGGGAGGAUUGGGCAACCUAAUGUUCCAGUUUGCCUUUCUCUACGUCGUAGCCAAGACCCAUGAGUAUCAGAUAGUUCUUCCUAGAACCAAGGAACUCGAGAAACUGAAGGAAGCUUUUGAAAUCGAUUUUAGUCCUUUUGAGAAACCAAACUGGGACGGAAAGCUGACAGAGAAAUGUUUUAAAGUCAUUGAGGACGAUUGGGAUUGUGCUUACGAUUCCAAGAUAGUGGAGAAGUCAUGGAAGAACGUACACUAUAAAGGCUAUUUCCAGUCCUGGAAAUAUUUUGUGUCAUAUGAAGAAGAUCUUCGCAAAAUGUUCAGAUUUCAUCCACAUAUUCUGAACGAGGCAGCUUCAAUUCUACACAAAGCGCUCGCUAGUAAAUUAGGUGUGUUUAAUAAUACGGGCGACCGACCAGUGUUAGUGGGAGUCCAUAUAAGAAGGGGUGAUAUGAAAAACGAGAAAAUAUUUGUUGAUUUCGGUUAUAAAAUUGCAGAUGCUGCUUAUGUAAAAACUGCCAUGACUUACUUUCGGCGGAAUUAUCAAAACAUUAUAUUUAUUGUUAGCAGUAACGAUGUGAGCUGGGCGAAAGAAAACAUCAGGACGGCAGCUGAUGUAUUCAUUGUUGAAGGGAAUACUGCGGUCAUGGACAUGGCGGUUUUAUCUUUGACCAACCACACAAUCAUGUCCGUUGGGACGUUCGGUUGGUGGAUCAGUUUCCUUACGAACGGACAUACAGUUUACUACAAGUAUCCGUUCGUACCCGGAUCUCCACUUAGUGAACAGUUUAAAGGUAAUACCGACACUCACCUGUUUCCACAGUGGAUCGGAUUAGACGGGGAGGACAAAUUAUAGUUAAUGUCCUAACAGAUAGGAAGUCAUCGUCACGGUGAGAAACACCACAGCUACGGAGGGAUGAUUGAUAUUUUGUGAGGCUGGUAUUGAAGUAGGUACUCAAAAAUGUUCUGCAUAAGUCCUACUAUUAUUUGACUAUUUUGGGCCGUGUACCCAAGGACUGGUCUCAUUUGGAUAGUUUAUAUCGACGAAAAAUUACGGGAUAAUAUUAACCUUAAGCGCCGCGAAAAGCUCACUAAAGGUGUGUCAUUCCAUCAGGAAAAUGCUCCUGUUCACAAGUCUGUCAUUGCUAUGACGGCCAUUAACGAUUGUGGCUUAAAUUGAUUGAGCAUCCGCCUUAUUCACCUGAUCUCGCUCCAUCAGACUUUCAUCUAUUUCCAAAACAGCUAUUUCAGGCACUCACUUUCAGUCUGAU